CUCACGGGGGGCCGUGCUCUCCUCGGGAGUCUCCGUAGCUGCGGGUCGGCCGAGACCCUCCGGGCUCGGCAGCUUUCGCCGCGUUCUACGGGAGCGGCGUGGGGACACGUGGCCCGCCCGGGGGCGUGUUUGUGGGCCGCGCCUCCCUUCCCCGCCCCGCGACCCUCUGACCCCUCCUCUUCUCUAGGUUUCCGCGUCUCGUCCCCGCGGCGGCCCAGUCGGCGUAAUGGCGACGGCCGAGGUGUUGAACAUUGGUAAAAAGCUGUAUGAGGGUAAAACAAAAGAAGUCUAUGAAUUGUUAGAUAGUCCAGGAAAAGUCAUCCUGCAGUCCAAGGACCAGAUUACAGCAGGAAAUGCAGCUAGAAAAAAUCACAUGGAAGGAAAAGCUGCAAUCUCAAAUAAAAUUACCUGUUGUAUUUUUCAGCUGUUACAGGAAGCAGGUAUCAAAACUGCUUUCACCAAAAAAUGUGGAGAGACAGCUUUCACUGCACCCCAGUGUGAAAUGAUUCCAAUUGAAUGGGUUUGCAGAAGAAUAGCAACUGGUUCUUUUCUCAAAAGAAAUCCUGGUGUUAAGGAAGGAUAUAAGUUUUACCCACCUAAAGUGGAGAUGUUUUUCAAGGAUGAUGCCAAUAAUGACCCACAGUGGUCUGAGGAACAGCUAAUAGCUGCGAAAUUUUGCUUUGCUGGACUUGUUAUAGGCCAAACUGAAGUUGAUAUCAUGAGCCACGCUACACAGGCUAUUUUUGAAAUGCUGGAGAAAUCGUGGUUGACCCAAAACUGUACACUGGUUGAUAUGAAGAUUGAAUUUGGUGUUGAUGUAACCACCAAAGAGAUUGUUCUUGCUGAUGUUAUUGAUAAUGAUUCCUGGAGACUGUGGCCAUCAGGAGAUCGAAGCCAACAGAAAGACAAGCAGUCUUAUCGGGACCUCAAAGAAGUAACUCCUGAAGGGCUCCAGAUGGUGAAGAAAAACUUUGAGUGGGUUGCAGAGAGAGUAAAGUCUCUGCCUCAGAAAAUCUGUGAAUGAGAGAAUACAUGAGGUGCCCCUGGACAGAGCUUAAAGAAACAGCUGCACACACUCUUUUAAAAAGUGUUAAUAUUGCAUUUACUUGGAAAGAUGUAAAUAAAGUUAACAUUACAAAAAAUCCACUACCUAUAAAGAAAUAUUAAUAAAUAUGCUGUUAGUCUACUAAUCCAUGAAUCUAGAGAAGCAUUCAUUU